GAAUGCACCAAUUUGUAAGUCGCUCUGGAUAAGAGCGUCUGCUAAAUGACUUAAAUGUAAAUGUAAUGUGUCUGAGAUUCCAGAGUUAAGGGGAAACGAGUGAGAGAUUCAUUAGGUGAAAAAUUCAAGUUUGUUUGAUAUAUAAAAAAAGAAAUGUGAACAAGAAGAAAAGAGUGAGUUUAGUCAAGGAUUAAGAGGGAAGAGAAAAUGCUGUUUUUUUCUGGCGUGUGCUGCCACUACUAAGCAUUGUUAGUAAGCUAAGUUUAGUCUUGGUCAAAGAGAGGAAAAAUAAGGCUGUUUUAUCUGGCAUCUGCUGCUACUGCUAUAGAGUAUUGGUAGUAAGCAGCAGGAGCCGCCUUCAGCUCUAGAGCCUCAGAGUCCAGUGGAAGCCAGUCCUAUUUAAUUUUAUGGCAUCUCUCUCGGUGCUGUGGCUUUCUCUCUGGUCGGGUUCCUUUCCAAAGCCACAGAGAGAGACGAGGGUUCGGCUCAGCCCUGCCAAACAGCACAGCCACACAGACGCCCAGGAGUCUUCCCAAGUUCUCUCUAACCAACCACACACAUACUCAGUUUCCAUCUCCUCAGAGAGAGAAGGAUGGAGGAAGGGAAAUUAAGGGGGAGGAGGAAGAAAACAGAGCUGUGCAUGACCCCUGUAGUUCUUAGGAAUAAUAAUAAUAAUAGCAAUAUUUUACAUAACUCAAAGGAAAUGGAAUGACGCUAGGAGUCUUCCCAAGUUCUUUCUAACCAACCACACACAUACUCAGUUUCCAUCUCCUCAGAGAGAGAAGGAUGGAGGGAGACAGAUCAUGGAGGAAGGGAAAUGAAGGGGGAGGAGGAAGAAAACAGAGCUGUGCAUGACCCCUGUAGUUCUUAGGAAUAAUAAUAAUAAUAGCAAUAUUUUACAUAACUCAAAGAAAAUGGAAUGACGCUAACUCAACAUUAUGCCAAUCAUUUUAAACUCUCCAUAUUCCUGUCUCUUGUGGCAAACAUGGCAGUUUCAUAAGCCCCUUAUUCCUCACUGACUGUUGUUACAAAUACAUUUUUGGAUGACACAGGAAUGGCUGCCUUUAGUCCCUGGUCAACAAAAUAUUGGUAUUACUCAGUGUGUUCUUGUCUUGUCUGUCUUUCUCUCUCUGCUGUCUCCUUCGUCCGUGCACACACUAACAAUGCCUUUGUUUGUCUACUGCGAGCGGAUCUUGAGUGAGGGGAAUCAGCAGCCUGUUUACCAGUCCAAGUGUUGCAUGGUCUCUUCUCUUCGACUCUGAUCCGGCAGGCGACACAUCCCAACAUGCGAACGUACUACUUUUGCACAGACGCAGCCAAAGACAUGGAGUCAUGGAUGAAGGUGAUGACAGACGCUGCCCUGGUGCACUCAGAGCCUAUCAAGAGCAGGUUACUAAAAGUAGAACAGUGCCGUCCUCAGGACUUCAGUAACCACAUUACCCAGAACCACCGACCAGUCCUAACCCGACCAGUGAUCCAGAACAACGAGCGGAACCAAGCUGAGGCUGAGCGGGAACGGGAACUUUACACCGUUGCCGCCAUAACCACGGUAACCUCCACCGAGGAGAAGGGGAACAGGAAGCAGUGUGACGCGGAGCGCUACGGUUUCCAGAAAGAAGGGGCAGAGAGAGACCGUCCGCUUACUAAGAUCAACAGCAUCAAACUACAGCCGGACCAGGCAGCAGCUGUUGCUGCGAACAUCCGAGAUGGAUCCCCACGACAGGCAGACACACCAGACGGGCUCUACAGAUACCCACAGGUGAACGGGUCCGGGGACCAGAGCCCAGAGGAGAUGAUGGCCCACCCCGAGCCCAACCAGACUCCCUCCAUCCUGGGUAGCAUGACUCGUACCCCCCAGUACCCCCAGCAAGAGCCUGAGCCCAGGGCCCUGACCAGGACCAGCUCCAUGCAGCAGCUGGAACAGUGGGUCCGCACACAGAGAGUACGCAACCAGGACGACGACACUAGAAGUAUCAUGUCGUACCAGACCCUGCCUAGGAACAUGCCCAGCCACCGGGCACCUCCAGGCAUGUCCCACUGCGGGGACCCUGGCUACCGUACCUUACCCAGGAACAGCAUGGUGCGGCCGGACAGUAUCUCCAGCAUGUCCCCUACCAUAUACGACCAGGCCCUAGGCAUGGGGCUGGGCCUGGGGAUCUCGCCUGCAGACAAGAGGCGCUCCAUGAGGGACGACACCAUGUGGCAGCUGUACGAGUGGCAGCAGAGAAUGGGCUACACUCCCAGCCCCAGGCCAACGUCGUCCACGCCCGGGCCGUAUGGGACCCUGCCCAGCCCCAAGACCAUGAUCAACUUGUCUGAGCACCAGGGUGACAGUCAACAAUCUAUCCCCCCCUCGCCUUCCCACGGCUCCUUGUCCAUGUACGGGGGCUACUCGCCCCUCCGCUCCUCCUACAACCACAGCUCCACUAGGUCAGAAGUGGGCUUGCCUGUAUACCAGGGGGAUAUCACUAUAGACAGGAGACACAGCAGGACAUCCCACCUCAAUAAGUAUGCCUACCCACCUGACAGGAGGCCAAUGCCAGCUGGGAUCCCUGUCCAGACCAUCACUGCCCAAUCUCUGCAAGGCAAAACAAAUGCCAUUUUGUCUCAUCACCUCCAGAGGAACCUCAUGUAUCUGGAUAACCAGAUGAGCCCAGAGGAAUACAGGGAACACUCCUGCAUGUGCAGGCCCGAGGAAGUCGACAUUGAUGCCAAGCUGAGCAGGUUGUGGAAACAGGACAAGGUUGUCCGGACGCAGGAGGACAAGCUACAGCAGCUACACAGAGAGAAGCAUACCCUGGAGAUGGCCCUGCUGUCGGCCAGUCAGGAGAUAGAGAUGAGCUUUGAAAACCCAGCCACUGUACACGGUGUCAUCCAGCAGAGUGAAGUGCUACAGAGUGGCCUGCUUAGUACCUGUAGAGAGCUAUUCAGAGUUAACACUGAGUUGGAGCGGUCAUGGAGGAAGUAUGAGAAGAUGGAGAGAGACGUCUCAUUGGCCAAGAACAACCUGCUGGAGCAACUAGAGGCACUGGGAAGCCCUCAGACGGAGCCCCCCAGCCAGCAGCAUGUCCACAUCCAGAAGGAGCUGUGGAGGAUCCAGGACGUGAUGGAAGCCGUCAGCAAGAACAAGGCCCAGAGGAGCUCAGACACACAGGGAUACUAUGGUUCCACGCCCAUCUCCAACAAACACAAGAGUGAAGAGGAGGAGUUGGAAGUGGAGAACCUCUCAGCUCCCCCGUGGCCACCCUUACCCCAGGCCUACGAGCCGAACCAGCCCAACCUCCCUGCUUUACCCCCCCUGCCCUCUCCGGUUACCACCAUCUGGCGACCGUCACAGCCACCACAUCGGGGUCCCGAGGAUAGGGAACGGAAAGCCGGCCAGAGGAACGGAACACACAGCGGUCCAGACUACAGGCUGUAUAAGAGUGAACCAGAGCUCACCACUGUAGCUGAGGUGGAUGAGACCAACGGAGAGGACAGAUCUGAACAGUCUGACAGAGACCCCUCUGACACCAAAGGAUUGUCAUACCCCGUUGGCAUCGUUCCCCCCAGAACCAAAUCUCCCGUUGGCAUCGUUCCCCCCAGAACCAAAUCUCCAAUAAUACCAGAUUCUUCCACCAUUGCGUCCUGCGUCACGCUGAGGAAGGGCAUGAGGCCAGACCCACACAUGGAGCGUCCCCGCAGUGCAGUAGACCAGCUGUGUGGUGGGCCUGUGGAGAAGGAGAGUGGCAGGCCCAGGAUGAGUGUAGAGGAGCAGCUGGAGAGAAUCAGGAAACACCAACAGGGGGCGCUAAGAGAGAAGAAGAAGGGGCAGCUAGGCCUGCAGGACAACACACACAGCCAUCCACACAGUCACAGUAACACACCAACACCCUCACGAAGCACCUCGUUCACCAAAGAGAACCCCUUCCAUAGCCUGCAGGCAUAUGUUGUGUUCCAGAACCGUCGUCAGCGUGACGAGGUGAUGAGCAGUGACAUCCUGGAGCUGGAGGCGUCACUCAGAGAACAGGAAGUGUUCAGAGAGCAGGAGACACCUGCCGAGGAAAUAGCACGACUCAAAGAGGCCUCGCACACUGACCACUACAACAUGGACAGAGAGUUGUCAGUCCCUGAGAAGUUGUUGAUUCCAGAGCGUUAUGUAGAGUCAGAUCCAGAGGAGGCUCUCAGCCCAGAGCAGGAGGCUGACAAACAGAAGAAGGUGGACCGUAUUAAAGCCCUCAUCGCCAAAAACAGUAUGCAGAAUGUGCUCUCACCUCCCAGUGGGGUGCUGAGCCCAGAGGAGGAGGCUGAGGAGGAGGCUACAGCUCAAGAGCAGGAGAAGAUGAUCAACAUCUCCUAUGAACUGGCUGCCGAGGCUUCCAAACGCAGCAAGCUGGUCGCAGUGCGCAGCUUGUCCUCCUCCUCACCUCUUCCUGAGCCCCAACCUUCCUCGUCUCCACCUCCUAACACACAGCCACCACCCCAGCUCACUGAUGGGUCCCACUUCAUGUGUGUGUAACAGGAGUAGCAUCAGUAAUUGUGUGUAGGAUUGCCCCCCAGGCCCUGGCUUCAGUGAAGACCUACAGGUGAGAGAUGUGACACAGAGAGAUGAGGAGGCUCCUGUUUGCUGUAACGAAGACCUCUACACAAGGACAUGAUACACCCAGCACAAAGUGUAGACCAAGAGAACUGUACCCGACAGACAGAUAGUUGGACCACGCCAUGCGCUGGGCCUUAUAUGCUGUCUGCUCAAUCUAUGCCUCACUGUGACAUCACAUCCUCCUGUGCCAUGGCGUCACCUCCUGUGAUGUCAUCACCCUUUGACGUCAUCACCACCACAACCUCCCCUCUCCCGCCCUUCCCCCAUGGGAUCACAACUUGGCAACAAAAACACAAUAAUAAGACAUCGAUACUGUUGGUUGCUGUUAGAGUAGUUUCAUUGCCGUUAUUUAUAUUGUUUGGAGUUUGUUUGAAUAUGGCUGAUGUGUGUGUCAAGAAUAUAUGGACUGAACCCUGCUGUGAUGAGGAUGGCACACUGUUAUGCCAUUGAUUCUUUCAUAGUUUAAAAGUUCCAUUGUUCAGCAUUGUUUUAUUAACUCUUAUUGCAUUUCAGUUCAUAUUUUAGUUUGUAUUGAGUUUACAUUUUAGUUCAAUCCCAGAACACAAACCAUUUAUGUUUUAUGUGUAAAAGUAUAAAUAUAUAAGAAGAAAGAAAUAUACUUGAUUUAUAAUUCAAAGAAGGUGCCUCUUUAUUCCUACUGCAGUUUAUUCCUACUUUUUUUUCUGGUUGGGUGUAACUAUAUUUAUAUGUCGGUUUUUCUGCCAUUCCCUGGCUGUUCCAAAUGGCACAAUAUUCCCUAUGAAGUGCACUAAUUUUGACCUUGGUCCUAUGGGGUCUAGUCAAAAGUAAUGCACUAUAUAGAGAAUAGGGUGACAUUUGGGACAAACACCCUGUCGUACUGUUGUUGCCGACUUGCACAAAUGUUUUGGCUUUAAAAAUAUGCUUUGUUUAGUUUUUCUAUUUCUGAGAAGAAAAGAGAAUGUAUAUUUUUACCAGACCCAUAUGGGUACUGGUCAAAAGAAGUACACUAUGUAGGGAAUAAGGUGCCAUUUCAGACGCAUACACUUUUUUUUGGUCUACAAAAUGUAAUUACCAAGAAGUUAUGUGUAUAUACUGUACUAUGGUACACGGCACAGAUGGAUGAGAUGAGAGGAUGUAGGGUAUGCAGUGCAUUCGGGAAAAGUAUUCAGAACCCUUGACUUUUUCUACUUUUCCCACAUUUUGUUA